AAGCCCCGCCCACCCCGGAAGAGCCAGUGAGAGCUGGAGGAGAGUGGUCUGUUCUGGCUGCAGAAGUCCUUCCCUUGCCAUGGCUGCCACGCGCUUCCUGGAGUGGCUCUUCUUCUUCUAUUUCUUCACCCACAUCCCCAUCACUUUGCUGGUGGAUCUGCAGCCUCUUCUCCCUGGAUUUUAUCCUCACCAAUUGACAGAUGUGUUAACCUCCUUCACGGCUGCCUUUAAAGAUCCCCUGAUGGCGGACCCUCCUCCCUGGUUCAAGGUGUUCAUUUACCUGGAAGCUUUUUUACACCUGCCUUUCUUCCCUAUAGCAGUCUAUGCAUUCUGGAAAGGUAACUGCAGGUGGAUCCGGACCCCGGCCAUCAUCUACGCCAGCCAUGUGGCCACCACCGUGACGGCCAUCUUGUCGCACUUCCUGUUUGCCGACUUCUCCAAGUCCCAUCCUCCUGGCCCCGAGACCCUCUACGAGCGCUUGUCCCUGUCCUCCUUUUAUCUCCCCUACUUGCUGGUCCCGCUCCUGCUCCUCUUUACCAUGCUGCUCAGCCCUUCGUACAACCAGGUGGAAAAAAGGAAAAAGAAAUAAUAACGGGGCGGGGGGCGGUCAACAAAAGAAAGGAUUGUUUCAGGACUAGAAAAUAGAUAUUAAUAUUAUUGUGUCAUAUCAGAAGCAUUGUAUACAUGAGUAAAAAUAGGUAAAGGUUGUCCCCUGACAUUAAGUCCAGUUGUGUCCAACUCUGGAGCGUGGUGCUCAUCUCCAUUUCUAAGUUGAAGAGCUGGCGUUGUCUGUAGACACCUCCAAGGUCAUGUGGCCAGCAUCACUACAUGGAGCACCAUUACCUUCCUAUUGAUCUACCCAUAUUUGCAUGUUUUUGAACUGCUAGGUUGGCAAAAGCUGGGGCUGACAGCGGGAGCUCACUCUGCUCACCAGAUUCGAACCUGUGACCUUUCAGUCAACAAGCUUAGCAGCUCAGUGGUUUAACCCACUGCGCCGGGCUCCUUGAAAUCAUACCUAAUACCAAACCCUAUAUUUUGACUAUAUUUGGGCUGGAAGCAUACCAUAGAAUCACACUGAAGGACUUAAGGAAGGCCCACAAACACUUCCUAGGUAGGGAUAUUUUUGGGAGCGUAAGUGGGUAAGGGGAAUUUAUUUCCAAUAAUGGCUAGAUAUUUCUAAUUUACAUUUUUUAAAACCUCAUUUAACUUUCUGGUUCCUAGUGUGUAAUGGAAAUAACUGGAUUAAAAAAAUGGAAACUAAA